AUGCAUCCAUUCUCUUUUCAACAAGCUCUCGUUUUCAGUCUUUUGGCUGCUAGUCCUCUUGUCGCUGGGUUUUCGGCUGAGGCUUCAGGCAAAGAUGUCGAGAAGAGAUUUUCGGGCUCUUUGGCUUCCAGGGCAUCACAGAUAGCAAGGUCUAUCUUGCCUGACACGGAGUUUAUGAAGCGAGAGCCUCAUCAUACUGAAGCUCAGAUCGCUGCCAAGGAAGCCGCUGCCAAGGGCAAGGGCAAGGGCAAAGGAAAUAACCGACGCCAGGCAGCUGAUGAGUUCGGUCCUUGGGAUAGUACUGAGGAUGAGUUUGGGUCGUGGGUAGACAAGCGAGACCCUCAUCACACCGAGGCUCAGAUUGCGGCUAAGGAAGCCGCUGCGAAGGGAAAGGGGAAGGGAAAGGGAAACAAACGCCAGGCAGCUGACGAAUUCGGCCCAUGGGAUAGUACUGAAGACGAAUUCGGAUCGUGGGUUGACAAACGCGAGCCUCACCACACUGAGGCGCAAAUCGCAGCCAAGGAAGCUGCCGCGAAGGGCAAAGGCAAAGGCAAGAACAACAAGCGCGAGCCCGAGCCUGAGCCCCACCAUACCGAGGCUCAGAUCGCUGCCAAAGAAAAGGCCAAGGGAGGCAAGGGCAAGAACAACAAGCGUGAACCUCAAGAGGCCGAUGAGUUCGGUCCUUGGGACAGUACUGAAGAUGAAUUCGGAUCCUGGGUCGACAAGCGUGAGCCUCACCACACUGAAGCACAGAUAGCUGCCAAAGAAAAGGCCAAGGCUGGCAAGGGAAAGAAUGACAAGCGCGAACCCGAACCUCAUCACACCGAAGCUCAGAUCGCUGCCAAAGAAAAAGCUAAGGGUGGCAAGGGCAAGAACAACAAGCGUGAACCUGAACCCAUGGCUGAGCCUGAGCCUGAGCCUCAUCACACCGAGGCUCAGAUAGCUGCGAAAGAGAAGGCUAAGGCUGGCAAGGGAAAAGGUAACUGA